AUGGCCCCUGCGCUCCCCAACGUCUCCCCAGACUUGGUCUGGGAGAUUGUCCGAAACAACAACUGCUUCCUCUCCAAGAGCAACCGCAAUGGCGGCGUGCAGUUCUCUCGGGAUCCCCUGAAUCUGACCAACAAGAGCAGCCGCAAGCAUGCCGGUUUCGUCAACGACAAGGCAAUUGGCGUCGUUGCUCACGACAAGGGCGGUGUCACCGUAAUCACCAAGAAGACCUCCAACGCCAACAAGCCCGCCAAGGCCUUCACCAGGACCACCUAUGGCGGCAACAAGUCCAACCGAAAGACCUACAAGGCCGUUGCCCACCAUGCCGCCUCCUCCGGCUACCGCGGUGAUCUGCGAUCAGCCGCCGUCGAGCGAGUGUCUGCCAUCCGCCGGACUCAGCUGAAGCCCAAGCCCGACCACGAGCCCAAGUUGCGAGGCAACAAGGCCAAGAAGGCCGCUGAGUUGUCCUGA